CGCAAAAUAUACAUUAUUAAUCGUGCGAUUUAUUUUUCAUUCUGUAUAAUACGCUUUAGAAAGAUGCACAUUUGUAAUCUUAUCACACCAAAGCUUGAGGAACUAACUCCUUUGAAUCGUAUCGUAAAGUGUACUUUAGAAAUCGUAGAUAAAAGACAGUUGGUGAAUAUUUCGCGAAUACAUUUGUAAAUUUGCCGGUCGCUUUACAAACGACAUGCGCAUCGCGCAGAAUCACACGGGAAUUUCGCGAGCGCGCACGCGCGCUUUCUCCAUCCCCCUCCUGGCGCGGAUUUAGGAAAUGUAGGUCUCUUCUAGCCUUUUAUACUUUCUUCCUGGCAGUCUACUUUCCUUGGCACUGAAAUCACUGCUCGUGCUUUUCAAUCCGUGUCCGUCGCAGUUUCUCUCUCUCUCUGUCUCUCUCGCAGAGAAUCGGCUUUUCACGAAAAAGAAAUCUCCCGAUUUGAAUUUAAAACUCAUGAUAUUAUCGCGUGCGACAUAUCCGUGAUUGUGUGUGUAUUUGCUUGGAAGACUUCUUACUUGUAAACAAACAAGCGAAAUCGGGUUUGUUUCGUAAACUGAACCAGUUGCCUAACACAAAGCAAAAAUGUCAGACAUUGAAGGUGAUGAUGAGUUUCAAGAUGCUCAGGAAUCAUUACCACAACUCACUUCUAUGGAUUUGAAUACAGCGAUAAUGGAGGCAAAAAGAGCGAUUCAUUGUUUUUUCAACAAUGACUUCGAUCAGGCGAGGAAAAUUUUAGAGCCAUGGGCGGACACCAGCAUGUAUCACUCUCUGGGGACUAGCGUGUUCGCAUUUUUAGAAGCAAUUCUUACGUUUGAACAAAAACAUAUCGAGAAGGCGUCGGAGAUAUUGAAGCAAUGCAUGAGCGUAUGUUCCAAACACCGAAAACACACCACUAUCACGCAGAAUAUCGGAAAAAUAGUGAAGAGGGUCAACUACGAUGCUUACACGAACGAGGAAGUGCAUGCGGAACUCUGUUAUGCCGAGUCGCUCCUUUUAAAAUCGAUGCUCACGUUUGUAGAAGAUGAGACUCUGGUCAGCUUUGUCAAGGCGGGAUUGAAAAUUCGUACAUGUUUUCUGUCAUACAAGGAAUGCAUGACGAUCUUGAACAAUCGCAAAUGGGGAGACGAUACUCACAAAGUGCAUUUCGAAAGUGGCGUUCGUAUGGGUAUUGGUACAUUCAACCUGAUGAUAUCGUUGCUACCGGCGCGAGUUAUUAAGUUAUUAGAAUUUAUCGGAUUCUCCGGCGAUAAGACGUAUGGUCUAGCGGAAUUAAAAGCGGGUUAUAAUGAGAGGAGAGGUCUGCGACAAAUCUUAUGCGUUAUGACUUUGUUGUCUUACAAUCUAAUCGUUACUUUCGUACUGAGUCACUCGGACGGCGAUCUAGAAUGGUGCGAGCAAGUGUUGCAGCAGGAACUGAGCCUUUAUCCGAAUGGUGUAUGGUUCCUGUUCUUCAAGGGAAGAUUAGAGCUCACGCGGGGCAACUUCGAAGAGUGCAUAGACUGGUAUAUCAAAUCGUGGAAAAGUCAAAAUGUAUGGUCGCAGUUUCAUCAUCUCUGUUAUUGGGAAUUGAUGUGGGCGCACUGCUCUAUGCAACAAUGGAAUAAGGCGAUUAUGUAUGCCACGAUGCUGGCGAACGAGUCUAAUUGGUCGCGCACUAUCUACCUGUACCAAAAGGCUGCGAUUUUGCUCAUGCAGAAACCGCCGACCGGAAGCGAGGAGAAACAACUGAUCGACAGCUUGAUGAUACAGGUACCAACUUACAAGCAGCGCAUUGCCGGCAAGUCGCUGCCAAUGGAGAAGUUUGUGAUCAAGAGGACGGAGCGUUAUUUCGCGCAAAAGAAAAAUCUAAUCUUGCCCAUAUUUGAGCUUAUGUAUGUAUGGAAUCUGUUCAGGAUAAUAGGCAAGCGGCAAGAUUUGAUAUUGAAUAUAUUCAAAACGAUAGAGGAGACGGAGAGAGAACUCAAAACAGCCUCGAAAAAUGAAUACUAUGCGGACAACAAAGCGCUUUUGUUGCUGUUGAAAGGCGCUUGUCUGCGACAAAUGCAGCAUCCUUUGCAGUCGGAGGAGUGUCUGCGACGCGUUUUACAAUUGGAGAAAUCAGUCAAGGAGGACACGUACUUAUUUCCCUAUGCUACCGUAGAAUUAGCUUUAUUGGCUCAAAAUCAGGGCGAUACUCAGUUGGCUAUAGGUUUUUUAGAAGAUGCUAAGAAAAAUUACACGGGCUACUUAUUAGAGUCUAGAUUACACUUCAGAAUACAUUCGGAUCUAAUGAUGUUGACUGGCAAGAAGACUAACAAUUACACGAUGAAGAAGCACGAGAACCAUCAACGAUUGCAAACGGACAUUACUGCCAAUAAUAGCGUCAUUAUCGCGGGUCCAAGUGCCGAUGAUUCUAUCGAGAUUAAAUUAUAGAAGCGUUGUAUAAAAAUGAGAAAAAGAGCACAUACACAAUCGAAACUCUAUUUAUUUUUAAAUAAAUAAAAUAACAUUCUUUUAUAGGCGACGUACGUAUUUCAUAUAUUGUAUGACUUUUUCGUGAAGACGGACCAGUGAUAGUUUUGCAAUUUUCCUCUGAUAUCGAAAGGCCUCCGUGUAACUAUCAUCUGGUUUCACUAUCUAUAGAGUCUAAAGGUUUUACCAGAUUCAUUCGGAAGUUGAGUAUAUUUUGUAGCAUGCCCGAUAUUAAUGUGUAAAUUAUUUUCUUCCAUAAGAAAAACGAUGAAAUAGUGGAAAAGUAAUAUUUUGUAGCGAUUAUAAUAUUGAUACAUAAAUUAUAUAUUUUCUGCGAGAACAAUAUAAGAAGAAUAAGGAUAAAGAGUAUAUGUAACAUUCUCAUCGUGGAAUUUUGCGUGAGGAUAUAUUUUGUAGCGUGAUUAAUAUAUUAUAGAGGUAUAUUAUAUAAAUUAUUUUCUUUAGAAGAUUUUGGUAAGACUAUAUAGAGUGUGAUCUGUGAUCGUUCUAUUGCGUAAUUGUGGUGAAAGCUUAUUAUAAAUAAAAUGUUACGAAAAAAUGUGUAUAUAUGCAAACUAAAAAUUAUGUAAACAACGUAAUAAAAAAAAUGAAUGAAAAAUG